AUGAACAAGAUGCUGCAAGGCUAUGGGGCCUCUUACCCUCCAGCUUCGAUGUACGAGAAGGGGGCCUACUCCAUGGGGUCUGCCUCAGACUUUGACAGCACGAGAUUAGAUUCGCAACCGCGCUACUUCGAGGUGCCAGACACGGAGACCUUCGAAUUCGAGGAAGAUGCUGAGGCUGUUCGCGCGCUGGCCGAGAAGUUGGCCAAUGAAGAGUCUCCUGAAGCGCUGCUGGAUCGAGCAAUCUUCGAGUGA